AUGCGCUCUGGAGUGGACGGUAGCUUCGUGUGUACCAGCUUUGGGGUCAUUGCCCACACAGCGGCUGGCUCUUAUAUCAGACCUGGUAUCAAAGCCAUGUGCAAACUUUCAUAUGACUCGCUUAUGAAAGCUUGUGAUGAGAAUGGUGGUUACGAGAGGGUCAAGAUCCCGCAGACAGGAAAGAGUUUCGAGGUUUAUGGUUUUGCCAAUUCCAAGGAGACCGAGACAUGCACCACGGAUGGAAGAACAAUUUGCAAGGUUUACGAUUGUGAUGAUACCGCUGGAUGCUCUACUUAUUUAGAUACACUGUAUAUCAUAUGA